AUGGCGACCUCACGGCUGCUCUCGCGACGGAUUCCUGCCUUGGCCGUCCGCGCAUCUCGUUCCCCAGCGAUCCGACUUCCCCUGCGUGCCCUCUCCACCACUGCCCGCCACGCCGCCACCCCAUCAAACCCCUCGCGCCCCGCUGGCWCGGUCAUUGAGCCUCACCAGGGCACCCGUCUCAUCCCCGUCGAUGCCAGCUUUGGCCACCCAGUCGACCCAAAUGCAUCCACAAACUUCAACUCGCCCGACGAUGGCGCCGACACGCCCGAGCAGCGCAAAAUCCGCCACUACACUGUCAACUUCGGUCCACAGCAUCCUGCUGCUCACGGUGUGUUACGAUUGAUUCUGGAACUCAAUGGAGAGGAGAUUGUUCGCGCAGACCCCCACGUGGGACUCCUACACCGUGGAACGGAGAAGUUGAUUGAAUACAAGACAUAUCUGCAAGCGCUGCCUUACUUUGAUCGUCUCGACUAUGUCAGCAUGAUGACCAACGAGCAGUGCUUCUCACUCGCUGUGGAGAAGUUGUUGAAUAUUGAGAUUCCAGAGCGUGCGAAGUGGAUCAGGACACUAUUCGGAGAAAUCACCCGGAUCUUGAACCACUUGAUGAGUGUUCUCUCCCACGCCAUGGAUGUUGGUGCUUUGACCCCUUUCUUGUGGGGAUUCGAGGAGCGUGAGAAGUUGAUGGAAUUUUACGAGCGUGUCUCUGGUGCACGUCUGCACGCUGCUUAUGUCCGACCAGGUGGUGUAUCUCAGGAUAUCCCUGUUGGCCUCCUUGACGACAUCUACCAAUGGGCAACCCAAUUCGGUGACCGCAUCGACGAGACCGAGGAAAUGCUUACAGAUAACCGAAUCUGGAUUGGCCGCACUAAGGGUGUUGGUGUUGUCCCUGCAGCCGAGGCGCUGAACAUGUCCUUCUCCGGUGUCAUGCUUCGAGGUUCUGGAAUUCCAUGGGACAUCCGCAAGUCGCAGCCUUAUGACGCAUACGACCAGGUCGAGUUCGAUGUUCCAGUCGGCGUCAACGGCGACUGCUACGAUCGUUAUCUCUGCAGAAUGGAGGAGUUUAGACAGUCAUUGCGAAUCAUCUUCCAAUGUCUGAACAAGAUGCYCGCAGGACCAGUCAAGGUUGAGGACUACAAGAUUUCGCCACCACCCCGGGCUGCCAUGAAGGAGAACAUGGAGGCUUUGAUCCACCACUUCUUGCUCUACAGCAAGGGCUACACUGUUCCUCCUGGUGAGACUUACUCAGCAAUUGAGGCACCAAAGGGAGAGAUGGGUGUGUUUGUCGUCAGUGAUGGAAGUGAGAGACCAUACAGGUGUAAGAUUCGCGMACCUGGAUUUGCGCAUUUGGGAUGCUUUGAUCAAGUCAGCAGAGGGCAUUUGCUGGCAGAUGCGGUCGCGAUUAUUGGAACCAUGGAUCUGGUGUUUGGAGAGGUCGAUCGGUAG